GCCGGAGCGCGUUAGCCGGUUCGGGGCUGAGGGAGCAGGAGGCGGCGGCGGUGGUCGGGCGGGAGAGCGGCUGCGGAGCGGCGCGGGGCCUGCGGCGGGGAGAUGGCCCAGUGCGUGCAGUCGGUGCAGGAGUUCAUCCAGGACUCGUUCGUGCCCUUGGUGGCCGCGCUGUGCAGCGAGGAGGCGGAGAGACUCACCCGCAAGAACAACCUGGGCUUCUCCGAGCUGGUGAAGCCCUUCUGCCGCCUCACCUCGGAAGUUCACAUGAGAGAUCCUAACAACCAGCUUCACGUAAUUAAAAACUUGAAAAUUGCUGUCAACAACAUUAUUACCCACUCACCUCAGCCAGGAGGCAUUCGGAAACUUCUAAAUGAUGUUGUAUCUGUCAGUCAACCAGCUGAAGGAUUAGUAACUAAUGUGAUUACUGCAGGAGAUUAUGAUCUCAACAUUAGUGAUCGCUCAGUUAAAGCUAGUGUUCCUUGGUACAAUAAUUGGAAAGACACACUGAUGGAACUGAACACAUCCACGUUUUAUUCAGCUACUACUCCAUGGUUUGAGUCUUACAGAGAGAGCUUUCUUCAGUCCAUGCCUGCAUCAGAUCAUGAAUUCCUAAACCACUAUGUCGCAUGUAUGCUUGUAGUUUCUUCUGGUGAGCCUGAACCUGUGGAGCAAUUUCUGAAGCUGUCACAAGAGCAGCAUAGAAUUCAGCACAGCAGUGAAUAUGCAUAUCCAAAAUGGUUUAUACCAAACACACUCAAAUAUUAUGUAUUGCUACAUGAUGUAAGUGCAGGAGAGGAACAAAGAGCUGACUCAGUAUAUGAAGAAAUGAAACAGAGAUAUGGAACUCAGGGUUGCUAUUUACUUAAAAUAAAUUCUCGAGGAUCUAACAGGGGAGCAGAUGAACAAAUACCAGAUCCUUGGAGUCAGUAUCUCCAGAAAAACAGUAUCCAAAACCAGGAAUCUUAUGAUGAUGGUCCAUAUACUGUAAUUUCAAAUAAGAAUGCUGACCAUUUAAUAUCAGAUGGCUUAGAUAAUGACAUCCAAGUGGAUGGUUUAUCAAAUAACUUUAAGGCUCACCCUCUUCAACUGGAUCAUCUCAGUGAUACUAGUAGCAGUUUUGAUGGCACUGAUUACAUAAAGACUACUUCAUCACUGCAUGAAUCAAAGAAGACAAGUUCUGGGACGCCUCAUGGUGCAUGUUUAACGCUCACAGAUCAUGAUCGAAUUAGACAAUUCAUACAGGAGUUCACAUUUAGGGGGCUUUUGCCACAUAUAGAGAAAACAAUUCGACAGCUUAAUGAUCAGUUAAUAUCCAGGAAAGGUUUGAGUCGAUCUCUAUUUUCUGCAACAAAAAAAUGGUUUAGUGGCAGUAAAGUUCCAGAGAAAAGCAUAAAUGAGCUGAAAAAUACAUCUGGCUUGUUGUAUCCCCCAGAAGCACCAGAGCUUCAAAUCAGGAAAAUGGCAGAUUUGUGUUUCUUGGUCCAACACUAUGAACUGGCGUAUAGCUGCUAUCAUACAGCAAAGAAAGACUUUUUGAAUGAUCAAGCAAUGCUUUAUGCAGCUGGAGCACUGGAAAUGGCAGCAGUAUCAGCUUUUCUUCAGCCUGGGGCACCUAGACCGUACCCUGCUCAUUAUAUGGAUACAGCAAUUCAAACAUAUAGGGAUAUCUGCAAGAACAUGGUGCUGGCUGAGAGAUGUGUGCUGCUUAGUGCUGAAAUUUUAAAAAGCCAGAGCAAAUAUUCAGACGCUGCUGCUCUUCUGAUACGUUUAACCAGUGAGGAUUCUGACCUUCGCAGUGCCCUUCUGUUGGAGCAGGCAGCACAUUGCUUUAUAAACAUGAAAAGUCCUAUGGUUAGAAAGUUUGCCUUUCAUAUGAUAUUGGCUGGCCAUAGGUAUAGCAAAGCAGGACAGAAGAAACAUGCCUUGCGUUGUUAUUGUCAAGCCAUGCAAGUUUACAAAGGGAAAGGUUGGUCUCUUGCAGAGGAUCAUAUUAACUUCACAAUUGGUCGUCAGUCUUUUACACUUCGUCAGCUUGAUAAUGCUGUCUCUGCCUUCCGGCAUAUUUUGAUCAAUGACAGCAAACAACCUGCUGCUCAACAAGGGACCUUCCUCAGAGAAUACCUUUAUGUUUACAAGAAUGUAACUCAGCUAUCACCUGAUGGCCCUUUACCACAACUUCCUUUACCAUAUAUUAACAAUUCUGCAACACGAGUAUUCUUUGGACAUGAUAGGCGACCAGCAGAAGGUGAAAAGCAGGCAGCCACACAUAUAAGUCUUGAUCAGGAAUAUGAUUGUGAAUCUUCUCACCAAUGGAAGGAGCUUGAAGAACAGGUUGUGGCUGUAGUUAACAAAGGAAUAAUACCUUCAAACUUUCAACCGACGCAGUAUUGUUUGAACAGCUAUUCAGAUAACUCCAAGUUUCCACUUGCUGUAGUAGAAGAACCAGUAACAGUGGAAGUAGCCUUUAGAAACCCAUUGAAGGUUCCACUUUUGUUGACUGAUUUAUCGUUGCUUUGGAAAUUCCAACCUAAAGAUUUCAGUGCAAAGCAUAAUGGAGCAACAAAAGAGUUGGCAUGUGGAAAUGACAUGAUAGGAGCUGAAGUAAUAGCUGAGUUCUUAAUUAAUAGCGAAGAGACAAAAAUGGCAAGACUAAAGCUCUUUCCCCAUCAAACAGGGGAGCUACAUAUUCUGGGAGUCGUUUACAAUCUUGGCACUAUUCAGGGUACUAUGAUGUUAGAUGGGAUUGAUCCUUCUAUUGGAUUGCAAGCAGGAAAAUUGGUCUAUAAUGGGAUGUCUGUACGAGGACGACAGGACUUAGAAAUUCAGGGCCCUCGACUUAAUAAUACAAAAGAAGAAAAAACAUCCAUUAAAUAUGGACCAGAUCGACGUUUAGAUCCUAUUAUAACUGAGGAAAUGCCCUUGUUGGAGGUAUUCUUUAUAAAUUUUCCUACAGGGCUGCUCUGUGGAGAAAUCAGAAAAGCAUAUGUAGAAUUUGUGAAUGUGAGCAAGUGUCCUCUUACUGCACUGAAGGUUGUAUCAAAACAUCCAGAAUUUUUUACUUUUGGUGGAAAUACUGCUGUUCUAACACCACUGAGUCCAUCAGCUUCUGAAAACUGUAGUGCUUACAAGACUGUUGUGACAGAUUCUACCUCUGUAUGCACAGCACUGAUGUCAUCAGCUUCUUCUGUAAACUUUGGGCUUGGCACAGGAAGUCAGCCAGAGGUGAUACAUGUCCCACUUCCUGACUCUGUCCUCCUCCCUGGGGCUUCAAUCCAGCUGCCAAUGUGGUUACAUGGACCAGAUGAAGAAGGGGUUCAUGAAAUAAACUUUUUGUUUUACUAUGAAAGUAUUAAAAAACACUCAAAAAUGUGUCAUAGAGUAUUAAGACACACUGCAGUUAUUUGUACCAGCCGAUCUUUGAAUGUUCGAGCUACUGUCUGCAGAAGUAAUGCCCUUGAGGAUGAAGGCAAAGGGGACAAUAUGCUGGUGUUUGUGGAUGUGGAAAAUAUCAAUACUAGUGAAGCUGGUGUUAAAGAAUUUCAUAUAGUACAAGUAUCAAGUAACAGCAAACACUGGAAGUUACAGAAAGCUGUAAAUCUCUCUGAAGACAAAGAUUAUAAGCUUGCCAGUAGAGAGAGAGGAAAGCUAUGCUUUAAAGCAGUCAGAUGCAAAAACUCUGGAGAAAAUUACACAUUUGCAGACAUUGUCUUUGGAAAUGAGCAGAUAAUCAGUUCAGCUAGUCCGUGUGCAGACUUUUUUUUCCGAAGCUUAUCUUCUAAAUUAAAAAGAACACACGCACAAUCAAAUAUGUUUCAAGGAGCUGCAAAACAGUCAUUUGAUGAGGCAGUCAGAUUGAUACAAAAAUGUAGUGAGGUGGAUUUGAAUAUUGUUGUUCUCUGGAAGGCAUAUGUUGUGGAAGACAACAAGCAGCUUAUUUUAGAAGGCCAGCAUCAUGUUGUUCUUCAUACAGUAGGGAAGGAGGCUUUUUCCUUUCCUCAAAAGCAGGGUUUUAAAAAAAUACUCGGGAAUUCUGAUUGGGAGGACUUGGAACAGGUAACUGACUUUAGGGGGAAGAGCAAUUUCUAGGGUGUUGAUAUAUGCCAAUCAAGAUAAUAUUGAAUAUUCCCCAAUUAGAUAAAUCUUCUAACCUUCCGUUCCCACCCUCCAUGGAGUCGUAUAGUCUCUAAAUAUAGCUAGCGUUACACAUGGUGUCACCUUUCAGCAAGAUGGAUUCCAUUACAGCAGGACCAGAAAUGCCAACUGAAUUAAAAAGAUAGUUUCCAACUAUAUUCCAUUGUUAAUAAGAGUAUUCUUCUUGCUUCUUGAGCAUUUAGGUUGCUGGUCUGAGUGCAGGGAAUUAGUUUUGGUUUAAAGGGCAUAAUCUUAAAUUUUUUCAAGCAUAUGCUGUCAUCUGAUGACCUAUGCCUAGUACAGCCAGACCUGGGGAUGCUACUAUAAUGCAAAUAAUUAAUAAUUAUUUAAAUUUCCUGAUUGAAGUCAGUGGCAAAGCUCCCAUUGACUUCAGUGGGGACCGGGAUUUUCCCUGCUAUCUUUUAUUGACUCAAGUCACAAUCUCAAUGUGUUUCUCGUAGUGUUUUGUCUUCAGUAUUUUAAGAAAAUAUUGUAAUAUAAGUUGUUGACACAAGCGUAGCAAUAAGCUAAGAAUACUGUAACUGUUUCUAAGUGUAGUGCAGAAAUGGGAUUCAUCAAUCAACUCCUUAUACUUAGCAGCUGCUGACGUUCAUUACUGUGAGUGCAUUUUAUGUCACUAAUUAUUGACUCUGCAUCAACGGUUCAUAAGUGAAUGAGGAAAGCUAACCCCUCAUAAGUAACUUUUUGAUUGGAGUAGAUAACAGACUGGUUGGUGUUGGACAAGUACCAUAUCAUCUAGAUCAGGGGUCGACAACCUAUGGCACGCAUGCCAAAGACAGCAUGCGAGCCGAUUUUUAAUGACACGCUGGUGCCUGCCAGGGUCCCGGCUGGCAGCCGCGUGCCAUUAAAAAUCCUGCCCAGCCCAGCCUGGCCCGGCCCGCUCUUCUCCAC